CAGACGCACCGUCGCUCCUUUGUACAUACCCCGGACAGGCCCCAGCGCGCCGCACCCGCACCAUAUGUCGAAACCGUACUAUGGCCCCAACGAGGACGAGACGACGAUCAACCUCGAACGCUUCUUCCUCGCCGGGGACUUCGUCGCAGGCGUAGGCUACGGCGUCCACCUCGUCCUCUGGACAUCAUGUGCACUAUACCUAUGGAAGCAGAGGCACCGCGGCUGGCGGACCACCUUCCUCCUCGCCUACAUCACCGUCCUCCUUAUCGUCGAGACCAUGUUCGCCGUCGUCCAGGCCCGCACUGUGCAGGAGCUCUACAUCGAGAACCGGAACUACCCCACCGGGCCAUGGCAGUACUUCCUCGACACCCAGAACCUCGCGAUCAACGUCAUAUUCUACGCGACGCUCUUCGUCAUGACCUUCAUGUGCGACACCCUCAUGCUCUGGCGUAGCUGGAUCAUCUGGACUGCAUCAGGUCGCACAACAGCAUACCUCGUCAACCUCUUCCCCUUCCUCAUGCUCGUCGCAUCCUUUGUCAUGGGUACACUUUGGACGCUGCAGUCGAGUCAUCCAGGGCUCUCCCUCUACAGCAAGCAGCCACUCGCAUACGGCACCGCCUACUACACAAUCUCCCUCGGGGUAAACGUCAUCCUCACCGCCCUCAUCAUCGCGCGCCUCCUCGCCUACCGCCGCACGCACCUCGCGCACCUGCCCCCCGCGCACGCCCAGCAAUACCUCUCGCUCGCCGCGCUCAUCGUCGAGAGCGCCGCGCUCUACUCCGCGUUCGCGAUCGCCUUCCUCGUCUCGUACGCGAUGAACGCGCCCAUCAACCAGAUCUGGCUCGGGUUCGCGUCCGGGGCGCAGCCGAUCGCGACGUACCUCAUUAUUUACCGCGUCGCGGACGGGACAGCGUGGACGAAGGACACGAUGGACCAGACGCUCACGUCGAUGAACUUCCACCAGGCGGGCCUCCCGAUGGGCGUGGGUGUCUCGAAGGGCUCGCCGUCGGAUGUGCGGUUCACCACUGAGUUCUCGGUCUCGGGGCUGGACGCGGAGUCGGCGCGCGAGAAGUGAGUUGGGCGGCGGGGUUUGGUUUGGUGCCAGUAGAGCUGGUUGUAGUGUUUUGAGAUGCCUGUAUACCAUUUCGCC